CGUUACCCACCCCACCUUGUGGUCUUCCAGCCCUCCCGUCCCCUCCCGCAUGGGACCACGACCCCACCUCCUCGACGGAAGACUACCACCGAGCUUCUCCCCUAGUGUUAAAAGAUUAGAGCGAGGUGUCCAACUCCCGAUAUACCUACUAGCUAUGCUUCCGCGCCUAGUGCUGCCUCGGCGUGGGAAUUGUUCCAGUCGUGCGGCUUGGUUGAAGAGUUAUUGACGGAUUAAUUGCGCUGUGCUGCGGCUGUGGUUGCUUCUUGUUAUACAUACAUAUCUAUCACCAUACGAGUCUACAGUACCCCUAACCACCCGCGGGACUCCUCCACUACCGACCUAUCUCCAAGAUAGAGCAGGAAAGAUGUCCGCAAAGCACUUCCUCAACGACCCCACGCACCUCGUCCACACCGCUCUCCUCUCCCUCCCCCAUCUCAACCCCUCGGUAGCCUGCGACCUCGCCAACAAAACAAUCUACCUCCGCCCCUCUUCCUCGUCCCCAAAUGCUCAACCCCGCAACCCCCAAGUCUCCCUCGUCUCCGGCGGCGGUUCGGGUCACGAACCCUCCUUCGCAUCCUUCGUUGGGCCCGGCCUCCUCUCCGCCUCCGUAGCCGGCACCAUCUUCGCCUCGCCCAGCGCCGAGCAGAUUCGACGAUGUAUCCUGCACCGCGUAGAGCGCGACCGGGGAGUCCUGGUCAUCGUGAUGAACUACACGGGCGACGUGUUGAAUUUCGGUAUGGCGGUGGAGAAGGCGCGGGCCUCGGGCGUGGACAUCGACAUGGUGGUUGUGGGCGACGAUGUGGGCGUGGGACGGGCCAAGGGUGGGAAGGUCGGGAGGAGGGGGAUCGCGGGGACCGUGUUGGUGCAGAAGAUUGCGGGCGCGGCGGCGGCGGCGGGUGCGUCGUUGAAGGAGGUGGCGGCUACGGCGAGGCUGGCGGCGGAGAAUACCGUGUCCAUUGGUGCCUCCCUAUCGCACGUACAUGUGCCUGGCCGCGUAGUCGCUGAUGGAGGCGAGGAUGAGCUCAGAGAGGGCGAGGUCGAAGUCGGCAUGGGAAUCCACAAUGAACCCGGCUCCGAGCGCAAGACGGCCGAACUGCCGGAGCUGGUGAAAACCAUGCUGGCUCACUGUCUGGACCCCUCUGACAAGGACCGCAACUUCCUAACCAUUUCGUCCGAAGAUGAAGUCGUCCUGCUUGUGAACAAUCUGGGCGGUGUGAGUGCUUUGGAGCUGGGUGGCAUUACGAACGAAGUCAUUGAGCAGCUCGACAAGGACUGGAAUAUCAGGCCAGUGCGCAUCCUCGCUGGGACAUACAUGACCAGCCUGAACGGACUGGGGUUCAGCAUCAGUCUGCUGAAGCUCAAGGAUACUGGGUUAGGAGCUGAUCGUUCCAUGUUGGAGCUACUCGAUGCGCCUGCCGAAGCCACUGGAUGGACUGCUGCGAUCAAAAAGGAAACAUGGGAGCAGCGACGCGCCUCCUCCGCGCCCGAGGAGCAGGUUGAUGAGGAGGAAUCCCGACCCAGUAACCUGAAAUUGGAUUACGCCCUCGCGAAGUCGGCUCUCACCACUGCGCUGGAGAGACUCAUCAAGGCAGAACCGGACAUCACAAACUAUGACACCAUAGUUGGCGAUGGCGACUGCGGAAUCGGAUUGAGACGGGGCGCUGAAGCGACCCUUAGGAUGCUCGAGAAGUCGAGACCCACAGAUGACGCACUCGCUUUCCUGCAAAGGAUCAUUCAAGUGGUUGAAGUGGCCAUGGAUGGCACGUCUGGUGCUAUUUAUGCUAUUUUCCUGAACGCUCUGGCACAUGGCCUACGCCAGCAGUCGCCACCGUCGCCCGAGCCUGUCAACCCGCAAAUCUGGGCCAAGGCUUUGCAAUCUUCCCUCCAGUCCUUGGGCAAGUACACUCCAGCCCAACCGGGAGAUCGAACAUUGAUGGAUGCACUCCACCCGUUUGUGUACACUCUAGCAGAGACAGGAAGUAUUGGCUCGGCGGCAAACGCGGCAGACGAAGGAGCAAAAGGUACACGUGGGAUGAAGGCCAGCCUGGGAAGAACAGUAUACGUAGGAGGUGAAGGAUGGCAAGGAGUUCCAGAUCCGGGCGCCCAUGGCUUGGCUGAGUUAUUGUUGGGUUUGAAUGACGGACUGAAGAAGUGAGGAAGAUGUUGUAUUGAGACCCCUGGGCUGAAAGCCGGCCCGUGCAUUUUGAACUCUUGAACUC